CCGCCGCCGCCGCCUCUGUUGCUGGGGGUGGGUGAGAGGAGGGGCCGGGAAGGACCCUGUCCAGGCAGUCGGUGUUGCUGUUGUUGUACCUGAGGGUCCUCCUUUCUCCGUCAUCCCUUGACGGCCGCGGUGUCGAGGGGCAGUCCCCGGGGACACCUCGGCACGCAGCGGACAUGCCUCUCUUUGCCACCAAUCCCUUCGACCAGGAUGUUGAGAAAGCAACUAGUGAGAUGAAUACUGCUGAGGACUGGGGCCUCAUCUUGGAUAUUUGUGAUAAGGUGGGCCAAUCUCGUACUGGACCUAAAGACUGUCUUCGUUCUAUUAUGAGAAGAGUGAACCAUAAAGACCCCCAUGUUGCUAUGCAAGCUUUAACUCUUCUAGGAGCAUGUGUAUCAAACUGUGGCAAAAUUUUUCACUUAGAAGUAUGUUCAAGAGAUUUUGCUAGUGAAGUAAGCAACGUAUUAAAUAAGGGUCAUCCUAAAGUAUGUGAAAAAUUAAAGGCUCUUAUGGUUGAAUGGACGGAUGAAUUUAAGAAUGAUCCACAGCUUAGUCUGAUCUCGGCGAUGAUUAAGAACCUUAAGGAACAAGGUGUUACAUUCCCAGCUAUUGGCUCUCAGGCUGCAGAACAAGCGAAAGCAAGCCCAGCUCUGGUAGCCAAAGACCCUGGCACUGUGGCUAACAAAAAGGAAGAGGAAGAUUUAGCAAAAGCCAUUGAGUUGUCUCUCAAGGAGCAAAGACAGCAGUCAACUGCCCUUUCCACUUUAUAUCCAAGCACGUCUAAUCUCUUAACUAACCACCAACAUGAAGGUAGAAAAGUUCGUGCUAUAUAUGACUUUGAAGCUGCUGAGGAUAAUGAACUGACUUUUAAAGCUGGAGAAGUUAUUACAGUUCUUGAUGACAGUGAUCCCAACUGGUGGAAAGGUGAAACCCAUCAAGGAAUAGGGCUUUUUCCUUCUAAUUUUGUGACUGCAGAUCUGACUGCUGAACCAGAAAUGAUUAAAACAGAGAAGAAGACAGUACAAUUCAGUGAUGAUGUUCAGAUAGAGACUAUAGAGCCAGAACCAGAACCAGCCUUUAUUGAUGAGGAUAAAAUGGACCAGUUGUUACAGAUGUUGCAAAGUACAGAUCCCAGUGAUAAUCAGCCAGACUUGCCAGAGCUGCUUCAUCUUGAAGCGAUGUGUCACCAGAUGGGACCUCUCAUUGAUGAAAAGCUGGAAGAUAUUGAUAGAAAACAUUCAGAACUCUCAGAACUAAAUGUGAAGGUGAUGGAAGCUCUUUCACUGUAUACGAAGUUAAUGAAUGAAGAUCCAAUGUAUUCUAUGUAUGCAAAAUUACAGAAUCAGCAGUAUUAUAUGCAGUCAUCUGGUGUUUCUGGUUCCCAGGUAUAUCCAGGACCUGCUCAAAGUGGUACCUACCUGGUUACAGGGAGUGCACAGAUAAGCCAUCUCCAGAGCUACAGUCUGCCCCCAGAGCAGCUUUCUUCCAUCAGCCAAGGAGCAGUUCCACCCUCUGCAAACUCUGCUCUUCCUAGUCAGCAGACCCAGGCUUCUUACCCAAAUGCAAUGGUUAGUUCUGUUCAAGGAAACUCGUAUCCCAGUCAGGCUUCAAUAUAUAGUCCUGCUGCUGCUGCUGCUGCUGCUGCUGCCGUACCUGUACCUGUACCUAUACCUGCUGCUGUAUCUGUGCCUGCUGAUGUCACCAUAUACCAGAAUGCAGGACCUAAUAUGUCCCAGGUGCCAAACUAUACUUUAACAUCAUCAACCCUGCCUCAAGCAGGAGGCAGCCAACAACCACCUCAGCCACAGCAAGCAUAUUCUCAGAAGGCUCUCCUAUAGGACUUGAUGUUCCUCUUGGUGGCAUGUUUCUGCUGAAUGCCAUUGACAAUGUUAGGAGAUUCGUUAACAUCCUAAGAUUUGUUUUUCCUCAGCUUAUAGGAAUCUUUCUUGGUCAACAAGUUCACAUACUCAAGAGGGUAGAACUGUCUUCAAUUUGCACUGACUUUUAGAGGUCUACCCCUCCCCCAGAAGAAUGAAACUACUUACAACAUUAUUUCCUUUCGUAAUAUGAAGAAUUGUUACAAGAUUAUUGUCUUGUAAAAUUACCUGGUCUGCAACACUCAAAAGUUCAAAAACUGCUAUGGCAAAUGUUAUGUACAUAUAUUGACAUGUAACUUCAUUAGUGACCGUUUCAAUUACAGUGGUGAUCAUGUGAAUAUAUUUAACACUGUGUUAAAUUAA